UAUUGCACUAAACUCGGUUUCUUAUAAGCCCGAUGGGCUUACUAGUAAGAAAUGGAAGACCAUGUCAUUUAUUCAUGAAACGACGUCCUGCCUUUCCCCAAUUACUCUCAACCUUUGGGUGUUUUGUUGAACGAACUUGCUAAGAAGUGGAAGCGGAAUAACACAGAGGAGUCUUCGCAUGUAAGGUCUUGCAAACGAACUCAUGCCUCGGGAGGUUACGAUGUUGCAUCAAUGGCCCAAGACUCUGAACUAUCAGCGGUGGCUAUGGCAUAGCACCACUGGUAGCCAUGAAACUGCUCAGCUGAAAUGCCCAUGGGCAAUUGGAUCUCAUGGUAGAAAGAGUGAGAUUGCACUGUUAUAAGGUUGAGAAAUUGAUUAAUCUAUUAUUUCCUAUUUUCCCUAUCAUUUUCAUGCUGCUAUCAAAGAUGAUAAUUUGAGUUUGGGGCAAUGGUAUUUAACUGCUAUUUAUAGUUUUCCUAAAAAAAAUAUUCGUUCUCAAUCUUGGGAUUUGCUUCGGUCGUUGUGUAGACAAAAUGGGGAGGCUUGGUUGGUUAUAGGUGAUUUUAACGAAUUGAUGUAUCAACAUGAGAAAAAAUGGGGAAAACCUAGACCUGAGAGACAAUUAACUGCAUUUAAAGAGGUUAUUGAGGAGUGUCAUCUAUGGGACUUAGGUUAUUCUGGUCCCAAAUUUAUUGGGUCUAAUAGGAGGGCUAUUCCGUAUCGAGUUAGUGAAAGGAUUGACAGGUUUCUAUUAAAUUCUAUUUGGUGGGAUGGCUUUCCUCGUGCUUGGGUUACUCAUGGUGUGGUAGCCUACUCUGAUCACUUGCCUAUUUAGGUAGUUUUGGAGGGUGUAGAAGAAUCUCCAAAGUUUAAGAAGCUAUUUAAGUUUGAGGCCAUGUGGGUGGGGGAGCCUAAUUGUGAGGAUAUCAUUAAGAGUCUUUGGAGCAACGCUUCUUCUCAGUCUAAUAUGAGUACUGUUGCGAUGAUAAAAGAUAGUGGGACUCAUUUGGGAACUUGGAAUAGACACACUUUUGGUGAUGUCUAGCAUCAACUUACAAAGGCACAGAGAAGUCUACGGACGUUGUAUGAGACAGACCAAACAGGGGCUGAUUUUGAAGCUAUUAAUUUAGUUAAAGAUGAGAUGCAGAUUUGGUUAGAAAGAAAUGAAGUGCUAUAGAGACAACGCUCUAAGGUGGUAUCGCUUAAAGAAUGGGAUAACAAUACUAGAUACCUUCAUAUGAAAGCAUCACAGAGGCGAAUGAAGAAUAGCAUUUUUAGAAUCAAAGAUGAGAAUGGGUAGUGGCAAGAAGGGCUUCAAAGGGAUAGGGUCAUUGUUGAGUAUUUUUAGACUCUCUUUACAAGCUCCUCUCCUAAUAUUUCUAGCGACUCUAUGGAUUUUCGAGAGGCGUUGACUAGGAAAGUAACUGUUGUGAUGAAUGUUGAUUUAACAACAGAGUUUCAAGCUGAUGAAGUCAAGGCAGCUUUGUUUCAAAUGGAUCCUAUGAAGGCCCCAAGCCCCAAUGGCAUGUCACCAAUUUUUUUUCAAAAAUAUUGGCAUGUGGUUGGGGAUUCAGUUAUCUCGGCAGUUCUCCAAGCUUUGAGUUCAGGGAAAGCUGGUGCAGCUGCUGUUUUGAGGGAUCAUUCCAGUAGAGUUCUAAUAGCUGCUAGUAAAGCUGAGUUGGAAAUGGAUGGUUUGGAAGCCUUAGAAUUAAUGGCUAUUUUCAGAGGUAUACAAUUGUGUGCUACUAUGGGAAUUCCUAAGCUUAUUGUGGAGAGUGAUAGUCUACUCUGUGUUGAAGCUCUUCAUAAUAGUAGGAUGCAUAACUCUUUGCUUGGGGGGUUAUAUUAUGAAAUUAAACAGCUUUCCUCAUGUUUUGAAUGCUGUUAAUUUUCACAUGUUUAUAGAGAGGGCAAUAUGGUAGCUCACAUGUUGGCUAGGUAUGUCUCUAGAGUUGAUAAUAUUGUUCUAUGGUGGGAUUGUAUUCCAAACUGUAUUUCUAAAGUUUUAUGGCUUGAUAAUUGUCUGUAAUUAUUAUUUCAAUUGAUUAGUGAUAUUCUAGUUUCUAUCAAAAAAAUUAAAAAAUAAAAAAUAAAUUUCUACCAUAGUAUAGCUCCUAUGUAAUUCAAUCAAUUUGAACGAGGUCAAAUACUUAUAGAGAUUGGUUACACUUUACAUGCUUGGAAGCCAAGCCCUAGUGUGCAGGCUCUUUUGGUUGCCUAGGUUUAUUUUUCCAUUCGAUCUUCAUUUUUCAGCCUACUUUCAUUUUUCCGUUCUAAUUUCAUUUUCCGACCUAUUUUCAUUAUCCAACCAAGUUUCAUUUUCCAUCCUACCUUUAUUUUUCACCUAAGUUUCAUUUGUCAACCCAUAUCAUUUUUUCAUUCUACAUUCAUUUUCCGACCAACCUUCAUUUUUCUAUUCUACAUUUUCCACCCAAGCUUCAUUUUUCAGCCUAUCAUCAUCCUACCUUCACCUCCUACUAGUCUACUUCUAUUCCAUCUUCAACUUUCUACAAAAUCUUCAUCUCUUACUAGCAUCUGUCAUCCUGUCCUCCUCAUAUGCAUAUCCUUAAUCCAAUUGCUACCUCUAAACCAACUACAUCCUCCCUUCAUAUUGUCAAUCAUCCUCAAACUGAGAAUCUUAAAUCUCAAAAUCUUUCAAAUUUUUAUCUUUAUUGUUUUGUCAAGGCCACCAAACAUCCAUUAAAAAUACACUUUGUUGUUCCUAUAUCUCUAGAGCCAACACCUUUUAAUUUUAUUACCCAAGCUGAUUCAGAUCCUAAUUAGACUACUACUAAGCAAAGCUAAACUUGUUGGACAGUGAUACUUAGGCCUGGUUUAUAUAGCAAAUUCCUAUCAUCACAUCUCAUCUCAAUAUCUAAACACCACAAAC